CUGAUUGGCCAUGAGCCCAAGACACUCAAGCGUCGCUGCCUCGACGGCUUUUGUGCGCGCCAGCUGGGUUUGUGGUGGAGGGUAGGGUGGAAGUCGCCGUUAGCGAGGCAUUGACCUUUGACUGCCCCUUUCUUUUUCCCCCGCCAUGGCUUCAGAACGGGAAGCGGGCAGUGAGGGCAUCAAGUUAUCAGCAGAGGUCAAACCAUUUGUCCCCAAAUUUGCAGCAGUAACAGUGGCAUGGUCAGAGCCCUCAGAAGCAUGUGUCUUUCCUGGAUAUUAUACUACAUGUUACCCAUAUGUUCAGGAGCCACCAGUGGAUAAACAACAGCUAUAUAUUGAAGAUGUACCAUGGGAUACCUCCACCUGUCUUUCCCAGUGUGCAUCUCAGAAUCAUAGAGGAUGUACUUCUCUUGAGGAGUACACCAAUUCUCCUUAUUCUCUUGGUGCCGCACCAAAUAUAUAUGCAGUUACCAGUUUCCAGAGUCAGAACACUUCUACUAGACAGGGUACAGGGUACACCAGACAGGCUUCUUUCAUCAGAAAAGAAGGUGCAUGUUUUCCCAGGAGACGACUGGAAAAUAAUGAAACUAGACUGGAGAAUAAAAGGCCUAAUGGAAGUGAUUUUACCAGCAGAUCAACAGAAAAUUCAUCUUAUAUUGCUCUGCAUAGCAGAAAUCCUAUUAAAUCUGGUACACUGAUUUACACGAUUGAAAAAAAAAAAGAGGCCAGAAUACAUAAUAGGCCUGUUAAAGUUACAAAUAGGAAGUUCAAGCAAAUUCCAAACACUGAGCAUUUUCCAGAACCUACCUUUGAAAUGACCCUGUCAGAUUUCCCAAAACUACAAGACCUAGAAAGUAACCAUCUUCUGAAUCUUCAAAAACCUGCAUGGGGACCAGUGGGCUCAGCAGAAGGAGAUAAGCUGCCUCUGACACCUCCAGGAAAACUUGCAAUUUCAAACAAAACAAAAGAGGGUGAAGUAUCUCGGAAAAAGCAUUUCCCAGCAAGACCCUUAAGUUCUUCAUCAGAUCCUGGAGUUCCUCAGGCACACUCAGGUCUUUUCACUGAGACACCCUUGUCUUGGGCCACUAUGCUGUCACAAACUCCCAAAAAAGUUGUUUCAGUUCCAGCUUCAGUUCUUGCAAGCAAUCAUUCUGGAAGUAAAAAAACAGAUAAUGUUCCUGAAGACUAUAAGCAAUCAGAAACAAAAGAAAAUGCAAGUGACCUUGAAGAAAUAGCAGAUAAGAAGAAGAAGAAGAAGAAGAAAAAGAAAGCCAGAUCAUGCAGUGAAGUAGACAAGCUUCACACCCAGAACAUUUUAGUUCAAGAACCUCCAAGAAUUGAGGAUGCUGAAGAAUUCCCAGACUUAGCAGCUGCUUUUGAUAGAAAACAUAAACAAGCAACUGAAAAUAUCACUUGUGUAACACCUAUUAUUGAGAAGACUAAAGUAAUCCCAAGGAUCUCUAGGUUUGAGUCUCGUGACCAUUCUCCAAAGGAAUUAGUAACUCCCAAGCCAGAUGUAUCUUCAACAAGAAAAAUAGGAAAACAGAAUUCACCAGCUCCAGUAGAAAAAAGGAAAAUGCAGGAACCAUCUAAGAGCAAUAGAAAAAAGAGUCAGAUUCCUGUGCAGCUUGAUUUAGGAGAUAUGCUGGCUGUUUUGGAAGAAAAACACCAUGCAGAAAAAUUAAAGCAGUCACCUAAACCUGUGGUGCUUUCAGUUGGUGGUGCAGUAACAUUGCCCUCAAAGGAAUCUGUGAUAGUAACAAAAACUCCACAGUUAACUCAGGGAAAGACUCCACACAAUCCUUUGGACUCUAGUGCUCCAUUGGUCAAGAAGGGGAAGCAGAGAGAAGUCCCGAAGCCAAAGAAGCCAACAUCACUAAAAAAGAUUAUUUUGAAAGAGAGAGAACAGCGGAAACAGCAACUCGUUUUAGAACAGAUGGCUACGCCAAAGAAUACCGAUACUGUUGAGCAGAGUGCAGAAUCUAUUCUUGAUGAUGAGGCACAUUGUAAAACCUCCAGAGAAGAAAAUGAAAAGGAAGCCACAGUGGAUCCAGUAAUUUUGACCCAGGGUAGUUCAGAAGUGGACUUGAAAUGUACAGAAUUCAGUGGCUCCAUGCAAAACUCCGUUGCUCCAUCACAGUUGAAACCCAGCUUUCCCAAAAUCCAUAGCCGAAGAUUUAGAGACUACUGUACCCAAGUGCUUAGUAAAGAGGUUGACAGCUGCGUUACAGAUCUCUUGAAAGAGCUGGUUCGUUUCCAAGACCGCCUGUAUCAGAAAGACCCUGUCAAGGCCAAGACAAAACGCAGGCUCGUUAUGGGACUCAGAGAAGUGUUGAAACACUUGAAGCUGAAAAAGUUGAAAUGUGUCAUCAUUUCUCCAAAUUGUGAAAAAAUUCAAUCAAAAGGUGGGUUGGAUGAGACUCUGCAUCUCAUAAUCGAUUCUGCUUGUGAACAGAAUAUUCCAUUUGUUUUUGCUCUCAAUCGCAAAGCUCUAGGGCACUGUGUGAACAAAUUAGUGCCUGUCAGUGUGGUGGGAAUAUUCAGCUAUGAUGGUGCUCAGGACUAUUUUCACAAAAUGGUGGAAUUGACAAUGGAAGCAAGGCUGGCCUACAAGGAGAUGAUUUCAGCUUUAGAAAGGGAGUCAAGUGAAGAAGUAAAACAAAGUGACUGUGUGCUCCAAACCCAUCAGAAAGAGAAUUGUGCACUAGAUACCACAAUAGUGCCCCUUCAAGAGCCUGAAGACGAUGUCCCAAAUUACAGUUUUUUUGCACCUCUAGUUAAGAUCUGGAAGCGAAAGCUUGAAGAGGAGUAUAAUCCCUACAUCCUGAAGCUGGAAAAACAGUCAACCACUGACAUGUUGCCCUUGGGUGUUGAGGAGCCUCAGUAAAUCAACACUACCUUCUUUGGCAUUAUUGACUUUUUUUACUUUAUGUGUGUGUGUCUGUGUGUAUAUAGAGAUAUAGAUAUGUAAAUAGUAAAUUAUCUAAAUUAAUUAUCUGGAAUAGAGGAUAUAUAACCUGUAGCUGAAAUUCUGAGAUAAUUUAAUGCCAAAGAAUUCAGAGUUGUAAACAACUUCCAUUCUAGACUGGAUUCAGUGAAAGUGCUUGACACAUCCAAAUGGAAUACAGAAUGAGACAGGAAAUGAAUCUGGUUUGUUUGUAUUUUCAUACAGCAAUAGGGAAAUCACCUUUGGCCUAAUGCCAUGCUGCUAGUCUCUGCUUCAUAUAAGCACAGAGUCUCCAAAUCACCGUUCUCAUAAUUUCCUAUAAUUACAUCACUGAAUUUGGAUUGAUACAAAUGAACUGCAUUACACUUGUAAGUGGCUGUUUUUUCUCUGUGUAAUAGAAUAUACAUCUGUGCAUAAAAAUAUUAAUAUGAAAUGAAAGAAGAGAAGAGAAGAGAAGAGAAGGGAAAACCAUUGA